AAGACAGUUUGUAGUCGCAGUGAUUGUGCAUCGACAAAUAAUUUCAGUAACUGCUGAGACUUAAAUCGAUACGGAUCGUCGUUUAAUUAAAUGUUUAAACAUUUUCAAUAGUUCAAGCGAUUUGUAGUAAUUAAAAUAAAUUAAACGAGAUAAGGGUUAGAAAUUCAAAAAAAAAAUCCAAAUGUUCAUAAAAAGUGAUAUUUAGAAAUCUUAUCUUAUCAAAAACGCAUUUUUAUAAAAAAAAAAUAAAUAAUAAAAAAAAAUAUUGAAAGUGAACUCAAAAUAAAUUAAGCAAGCACAUGAUGUUUGUCUAGACUGCUGUUAAAGUUAAUCGUUAGACAGGUUGAACCUGAUUAGUGAAGCAAUAUUUGCUCAAUACUGCAGUAAAGAGGUACAAGUUACCCGAAAGUUCAAAGACCUGAAAAAUACCAAAGAUGAAAAUUACUCACGCAGCAACGCAUCCAAAGGAUGACAAUAACGCAGCAAACGUUGAAUUUCACAAAGUCUUGCCUGAAGUUCCGCGCCCACCGAAGCCAGAUUCGCCAUUGAUCUUUCCGCUUGCGCAAACCACAAAUCAGCAUUAUUCGCCGUUGAAGCGACAAUUAUUCGCAUCAUGUGGUCCAACAUUAGCCUCCAUCGGCGCCGGCAUGAUUUUCGGCUAUUCCGCAACUCUCUUGCCUGAACUGCAACGUGCUGAAUCCGAAAUCAGCGUUUCCGACACAACCGGAUCUUGGAUUGCUUCCCUCUGUCUCCUUCCAACCGCUGUCGGAUGUUUACUCGGAGGCUUCUCAAUCGAAAAAUUUGGUCGUAAAAAAGCUCACAUCUUGUUAAGCAUCCCAUUGCUGCUCGGAUGGACUUUCAUCUACUUCGCACACAACUUGGAAAUGCUUCUUGUCGGUCGAAUUCUCAGCGGAUUGUCAGUUGGGUUGAUGGGCCCCGCCUGCUCCGUGUAUUUAAGCGAAAUGAGUGACCCCAAAUAUCGCGGAUUGUUCUUGGGAACUCCUUCAAUGGCUCUGUCGAUUGGAAUUUUGGUCAUUCACAUCAUCGGGACUUUUCUGUCGUGGCGUUUAACGGCCUUAGUUUCGUGUUCCAUUCCGAUUUUGUGUGUUUUUUGCAUGGCGAUGGUGCCGGAAAGUCCCUCGUGGUUGCUAAGUAAGGGAAAAUUCGAUGAAGCAGCGAAGGCUUUUAAAUGGCUGAGGGGCGGUUCGAUGGAAAGUGAACAGGAAUUCAAGAGUAUGAGCGAAAAACAGAAACAAUCGCAAGCGAGUGAAGUCGAAACGUUGCCAUUUUGGGUGAAAUUGCGCUUAAAUGCGAGAAAACCCGAAUUUUACAAACCUUUCAGCAUCGUUUUCUUGUGUUUCUUCAUCAUGCAGCUCAGUGGCCCCAACACGAUGGCCUUUUAUUCGGUAAAUGUGAUGCGAGAAACGCUCGGAAGCGGCAUCAACGAAUAUGUCGCGAUGAUUAUCAUCGAUCUGCUGCGAGCUUUUAUGUCGAUUGUCGCUUGUUUUAUGCUCAAAAUCGCCAAACGUCGCUUUUUGGCCAUUUUUAGCGGAGUUGGAACCGUUUUGAGCCUCUUUUCGUUAAGCGGAUAUCUCACACUUGCCAAGAUGUAUCCCGAAGUCACCCAAUUUUCGUGGCUGUCGUUACUUUUUCUCAUCUUGUACAUCAUUUUCAUCUCCAUCGGCAUCUUUCCGCUGCCUUGGUGCGUCAACGGAGAACUUCUCCCUCUCGCAAUGCGUGGCUUUGGUAGCAGUAUCAACACAUUUUUCAACUUUAUCUGGUGUUUUGUCGUCAUCAAAACGGCUCCCGGCAUGUUUUCUUCCUUCGGCAUGGAGGGAACUUUUCUCUUUUACGGAUGCAUUUGUCUCGUCGGCACAAUUUUGAUCUUUUUCGUACUGCCAGAGACGAAAAAUAAGACAUUAGUUGAGAUAGAAGCGCAUUUUUCGGCGAAAAAUUCUAAUUCUACGUCAGAAGGAAAUGUUAGUGCUUAAAAAAAGUAUUUUUUUUAUGUUUUUUAGAGAUAAUUAUUUAAAUGUUAAAUACUCGAAUGAAUGAAAUUAAUAAAAUUUUUACAAACACAUUUUA